UUACAGGACUGGGUGACAGCUACAGAUAUAAGAAUUGUGCUAACACGUAUGAACACAUUUGGUGACGAGAUCUUUGGAGAUCCCCGUGUAUUGAGAUCAUAUUUCUACGCUGUCGAUGACUUGGCAGUAGGAGCAAAAUGUAAAUGUAAUGGUCACGCAAGCAGUUGUGAGAUAGCACCUAACCGAGAGCUGAUUUGUGAGUGUGAGCACAACACCACCGGUCCUGAUUGUAACAUUUGUAAACCAUUCUUCAAUGAUCGCCCCUGGGCCCGAGCCACAGAGGAAGAACCUGGGGAAUGUAGACCGUGUGACUGUAAUGGUAUGAGUGAGGAAUGUUACUUUGACGAGGAUCUGUACCGUGAGACAGGACACGGAGGUCACUGUACUAACUGUCGUGAUAAUCGUGGAGGUAUACAUUGUGAGGAGUGUCUACCGAACCACUACAUAGAGCAAAGGACCAAUAGGUGUACCGCCUGUAACUGUGACCCUACUGGGUCAGAAGAUUUACAGUGUAAUGACCAGGGUCAGUGUCAAUGUAAGCCUGGAGUUACUGGUCAAAGAUGUGACCGGUGUGAGGAUAAUUAUUAUGAUUUUGGUAUCUAUGGUUGCAGACCAUGUGGCUGUGUGAUGGAAGGUAGUCUUGACAACCAACCAAGAUGUGACUCUGACACUGGUGCUUGUCUCUGUAAACAGUUUGUAGAGGGACAGAACUGUGAUAGAUGUAAGCCUGGAUAUUUUGGUUUAGAGAAGGAGAACCCCUAUGGUUGUAUCUCAUGUUUCUGCUAUGGUCAUUCUUCUAUCUGUACUAAUGCUACAGGAUACUUCCCUAGACCCAUACAUACAGAUUUUGAAACUGGAAAGCAAGGAUGGACUGGAAUAGACAGAGGUAACAAUGAGAUACAGACACAGUAUAACGGCAUACUACAAAACCUGGGUGUUUCAGCACCUGACGGGAUUGACAUGGUCUAUUUUAAUGCUCCAGCACGUUAUUUGGGUGAUCAGAGGUUCAGUUACAACCAGUUUCUGUCCUACAAGCUUAGAAUAGGAGAGGAAGUCAGUGCCACACCUUCCAUUGUUGACAUCAUUAUCGAGGGAGCGGGGCAGAGAAUCUCUGCACCAUUCUAUUCCCAAGGCAACCCCACACCAGGACUGGAGUCUGCUGAGUACAGGUUCCGUUUAAAUGAGCACCCUGAUUACCGCUGGUACCCACAACUUAAGUCCGAGCCUUUCCUGACAAUCCUGGCUAAUAUCACAGCCAUCAAGAUUAGAGCUACCUACAGUAAAGGAGGGGUAGGAUUUGUGGAUGAUAUACAUCUAGACACUGCCAGGCGAGGGUUUAAUGGUGAAGAGGAGGCGUCCUGGGUGGAGUCCUGUACCUGCCCAGAGGGUUAUGUUGGCCAGUUCUGUGAAUCUUGUGCCCCAGGCUUCAAGCGUGAUCCUCCAAAUGGUGGACCAUUCUCAUCCUGUGUACCAUGUGAAUGUAACGGACAUUCUGAUCAGUGUGAUGCGAAUCAGGUAAGAUUAUUUUGUUUGACUAGGGGCCGAUGUAUUUGUAAUGACAACACUGUUGGAGAUUUCUGUGAGAGAUGUGCUGUAGGUUUCUAUGGAGAUGCCAGGGAAGGGACGACAGAUGAUUGCCAGCCAUGCCCGUGUCCUGGUCAGGGGCCAUGUGUACAGUUACAGGGUGGUGAGAUAGUCUGUACGGCUUGUGAAGAAGGAUAUGGAGGAAAUCUUUGUGAUAUAUGUUUGGAUGGUUUCUAUGGAGACCCUAAAGGUUGGUACGGUGCAGAGAGACCUUGUGAAAGAUGUCAGUGUAAUGGCAACAUUGAUCCCAAUGCUGUUGGAAAUUGUAACAGAACAACUGGAGAAUGUAGAAAGUGUAUAUACAGUACAGCAGGAUUUUACUGUGAUAAAUGUUUACCUAAUUACUAUGGUGAUGCCCUAGCUGAUGAGAAGGGAGAUUGUCAAGCAUGUAGCUGUUACCCUUCUGGCACCCUCACUGCUGGUGUCAUCUCCUGUAACCCAGCAACAGGUGACUGUCCAUGUCAGCCGAAUGUUAGAGGGAGACAGUGUAAUGAAUGUGAGGAAGGUUAUUGGAACCUCGACAGUGGACAAGGUUGUGAGGCAUGUAACUGUGAUCCUGAAGGUUCUCUCAACAACACCUGUAAUCUCCUCACUGGACAGUGUGAGUGUAAACCAGGAGUGACUGGCAGAAUGUGUGACCAGUGUCAGAGAUUUUACUACGGAUUCUCAAUAGUAGGAUGUACAGCGUGUAAUUGUGACCCGGAGGGAUCAUUGGACAUGCAGUGUGACCAGUAUGGUAACUGUCCUUGUGUUGCUGGUGUCGAGGGUAAACGAUGUGAUAGAUGUAUGGAAAACAAAUAUAACAUCACCGCCGGAUGUAUUGAUUGCCCACCAUGCUACAGCUUGGUUCAGGAGAGAGUCAACAUUCACCGUGGAAAGUUACGAGAAUUGAACAAUUUAAUUUUGAACAUUGGCAAUGAUCCUACAGCAUUUAAUGACACACAAUUCCUAACUCAGCUUACGCAAGUCAAUGACUCUGUCAAUGUUCUCUUGGAUGAGGCCAGAGGGGCUACAAGUGAUAAUGGCACUAUGGGUCAGCAAUUACAGACAUUGAAAGACAAUAUCUUAGAAAUGUUGAACCGAUGUGGUCAGAUUACCAAAAAUAUCCUGACCGCCGGAGAAACUGCCCAGAGCAGCAAUGACGAUAUAAUGAAGGCUGAGGAAGCUAUAUCAAGGGCAGAGACGGCAUUGAAGGCAGCAGAGAAUUAUAUCGAUACAGAGGGUCAGGCAGCCUUACAGCGUGCUAAAGAUGCUCUCAAAAACUUUGGUCAGCAGUCCGCUCAGAUGACAGAAAUUGCUACAGAAUCUAAAGAGCUGUCUAUGAGGCAAUUGGAGGAAGCUAAGAGAAUUGAGAUGAUGUCUAAGAAAGCCAUGGAAACUUCCAAUGAGGCUCUCCGACUUGCCAUGGAGACCUUACAGAUGCCAGCAAAUAUUCAGCAAGAUAUCCGUGACAUCAGACUCCGAGCUGAUGAAGCUGAGAGGAAGUAUGAUCGAACCAAGUUCUUUGCUGAGAAAGCAUUGAACAUGUCUAUGGAGGCAUACAAGGAAGCUUUAGAUCUGUACUCACAGGCCACCUCUCUACAGCUGCCAGCUGUCAAUGUCAAUGAACUCCUGGAUGAGUCUAACAGGAUCAAAGAGGAGGCAGCAGAAAUUAAGCGUGAUGCUAUGGAAUUAAUUGCCAAGAAUGAAGAUUUAUUGAAAGAGGUGGUUGACCAGAGACAGACAGCACAGGACUUACUUGAUAGUGGAAUUAAACAUCAACAGAGAGCAGAUGGAUUAUUAGCAGAUGUAGACAGUGCCAGAGCUAAGGCAAGAAAUGCUGUUGAAAUGGGGGAGAGAACUUUGAAAGAAGCUAAUGAAACUCUGCAAACUCUUCUAGGAUUUAACCAGGUGGUUCAGGACAGUCGAGGUAAAGCUGAGGAGGCCCUGAAGGAGGUUCCAGAGAUUGAGGCCCUCAUACAGGAGGCGGAGGAUCGCACACAAGACGCUCGUGAUGCCCUCAGUGGCGCUGAGAGCGAUGCAAAUGAGGCAUUGAGUAUUGCAGAGGAGGCUGAACGUGUGGCUCAGGGAGCCUCCGAUGAGGCAAGCAGGAUUCGUCAAGAUGCACGCAGAACAAAAACAAAAGCAGAGGAUCUUAAAGAUCAAGCUGAUCUCCUAGCUGAUGAUGUAAAUGAAUCAGAGGAACAAGUUAACAAUCUCAAAAUAGAGGCUGACAAUGAUAAAACAUUGGCAGAAAAUGCUUUGCAGCAAGCUGGACAAGCUAAACAGACAGCUAAGGACGCUGCUGACAAAGUUGCUGAUGCUCUUGCCAAGGUUGAAAACAUCAGUAGCAUUCUAGCUACAUUGAGAGAUUUGGACACAGCCGAGUUGGAUAGACUAGAAGUAGAACUAGCUGCAGCAGAACAAACUCUAAAGGACGCAAAUCUUGACAAGCAAUUUGUCAGUCUUACCAACGCAAAUGAUCAGGUAAAGAUGUAUGUACAAGAUUACAGACAAGAUUUAUCUGAUCUUGAAGCUGAUGUGUUGAAUAUCAAGGAUAUUAUGGAAUCUCUGCCAGAUGGCUGCUUCAAAAACAUUGAUAUUGAAACUCCUACAGCACAGUAGAUAAUGACAUUGUUCAUUGUAAUAUAAACACUGAUUUAAUGUUAAUCAUCAUGUACAGAUUGUCAUAGACUUGAAACCAAAGUGUCGCUAUUUUUUACUCAUUAUUCAUUGGUGUUGACAAGAAUCUGCGUGUGUUUUUUAUUGUCAAUCUUAUUGACAUGAGCACUGUGUAAUCAAAGAAAUUGUGAUUUUGUGAAGUUAAAGAGAAAGCCAAUGUAUGUCUUAAUGAGAAAACUUCUGAGAAGUAGUUUGUUUUUGUCGUUUUUUUUUUCUUUCUUUUACAUAAAAUGCUAGGAUUUGUUGUGGCAUUACUGAAAAUCGUGUACAUAGAUUUUUUCAGUUGUCUUAUAGUUUGCCAUCUUAUAUUGAAUGAUGCCCAUUUUAUGUCCUUCUGUAUAGAUAUUUAAACUUAUUGAUAGAAACAUAUGUCAUACAUUGCCUAGAUAUGUUUAAUCAAUGUUGCAUGCGUAUUUAUGGAGUGUAUCAUAUACUAUUGCAAUCUUUUUUUUUUUGUUACACAGAAACAGAUUUACACCAAAAUGCAAGUGAAAUGGUAAAAUCCAAGCCCAAAAAUGUUAACAUCAAAUAUUUUACAAAUCAUUUCAGAAAUUCAUUAAAAUUUACUAUUUUGAAAUACAUGUACCAUACAUUGAGAAAGAGAACAUUUUGGGGAGAAAUGAAAUCUACUUUUCUGAUAUACUGUACUAAAGAAGACAAUAAAAAAGGUUUUAUGUUUACUUGCAUAUAAGGCAUGGUUUUGUCUACUUUGUGUUUUAAGGCAUAUGCUGCAUGCUGCGCCUUAUAAGCAGGUGAAUAUGAAAACAAUAAACAGACACCUUGUCUUAUAACUUGUCAGUCUAAUAGAUGAGUAAUUAGUGAUUCAAAACUUUCUUAUAGGUGAGAAAUAAGUAAUACAUACAGAACUGUCUUGUUACUAAGUAAUUACUGAUAUAUAUAACUGAUCAACAUUUACAUGUAUAUUUAUAUGGCCAGUAUAUAUGUGUGUAUGUAUAGUAUAUGUUCAAUUCAUCGUAAAUUGACUGGUGGGUAAACUUCUAUAUCUAGUGAUAUUACGCUUGACCCUACCCCAUUGACCAUUGAUCAAAAUGUGGCAAACAGGAGAAAAUGAACUGUGUAACUUGCAUGUCUUUUUUGUAUGAUACUGUAUAAUUCAAUUUUUACAUCUUAGGUUUAUACAAUUUUUGAAAUAAAGUUUUGUAUUUACUUUCAAAUUGAAAUGAUCUGUGUUAUAUAUUUGUUUUAUUUUGGAACAAACUAAACCAGGACUAAUAUCUAAUGAUUAUGUACUGAAUUUUUUAACAUUAAAGUAGCUGAAUUUGUAUGGAUAAUUUUCCUUUUUUCGUGAUUUUUUUUUAUAAGUAAAGUAAAUUUUGCAGCUUGACAAAAAUAUUUUUAGCAUAAAAUUUCGAAAAGGAAGUACAACAUGCGUUUUACUUUCAGACACAAAAGGUUGUUCAAUUUACAUGUUGUUUUUUAUCUCUUGAAUUUGUAUGAACAUUUACAUUUUUAAACAAAAAUAAUCUUUGUACGAUAUAUAUAUAUAAACAAUUUACAGUUUUAAUUUUAUAUUUGACAUUUUACAAGUGAGAUAUUAAUAAGUACAUAAAAAACAAAGUUUACAAUGAAUCUAUGCAAUAUUUCUGUGAUCAUUUUUUGUUUCAUGUAAUAAUAGAUCUAGUAAGUUAAUUCAAAUCCUACAGACUAAUGAAUCUCUUUAAGUAAGACGAGUCUUAGUAACAACUAGCUUAUGGAAGGUCUGUGGUUCUAUCAAGUGCCUGUUUGUACCUGAAAUAAUGUCACCUUAUGACCUUUACAUUACUGAUGUGACUUACAACCUAACAAAUACAAGCAAGAACUGUUUGAAAAGUGUAUAUUCCAAAAAGAAAUUUUAACGUAAUUUCAUUUUCAAAUCAAUUAUUUGACAUCAUAAACAUUUUAAAUCUUUUUACUUUUUGUGUAUAUUUAUCAAUGAAAGUUUCAUGUAAUGAAAUAGAACUAAUUAUUUGUAAACAUUCAUUAUGACAGCACAGGAAUGUUUAAUAAAUGUAUUAAAAAAAUAUGUUUAGGAGGGGAUUUGUUCCCCAUGUUAUAAACGUCAUGUAGAAAUUUCUUUUGGGGAAGAAUAUGGAGAACGUUUUGAAACUAGACUCUUAUCUGUAUAGAAACCCUAACAUUUUAUCAUUAAUAUGUAACUGUGCCAAACUUCAUGUUCUGUGUUGUGCCUUUAGUGAGUUGCAUUUCUUAACAUAUUGUAUUUAUGUACAGGUAUGGUGUAUAUUUUCAUUACAUGGAGCCAAGGUAUCUGACUCUUUAGGGAGGGAUUGUGGGUUCGGGUUUUUGUUAGGGUAAUGGCGUUGUAUCUUAAUAUGCCACCAGUACUUGUUUAUUAGGAGAAGUGGACUAGAAAGCGGUCAAUAUCAAGCUUAAAACUAUUAUUGCAUUUUAGCUGAAACAAUAGAUAUUUAAUUCAUUUUAAACAAAAUAUUCUAUGCUUAAAUAUCUUGGGUUUUACUCAGGUGCCUGUUUGUGUAUGAAAUAAUGCACAGAAGGGCGCCUGAGGUCUUCCUCCAUCAGUUAAGCUUGAAAGUCACCAUGUCACUUCUACUGUGUUGUUGCUAUGUAAAACCAAACAAAAAAAAUUAGAUGUCUUGUCAGUUUUGACUAUCAGAGUGUAGUUUAUAUAAUAUAUAAUGUGGUAACUACUGAUUUUCAAAACACACCAAAUUAGUUUUGUGUUGAAAAUUGUAAACAACGUUCAUAGAAAUAAUGAAAUUUACACCAAACUGUCCUAGAAUAGAAUAUCUUGAGUUAUUUAUAUAUAUAUAUAAUUAUAUGCUUACGAUUUUUUUUUUGAUUUUUUUUUAUUUUUUUUUUAUAUAUAUAGAUAAUUGUGUAUUUUGUAUGAUAAACUGUAAUUAUUCUAUUGCUUUAUAAACAUAAGCUUUAAGAGAAAAGAUGUAUUAAAUGUAUAGGAUUUUAGAACCAUGAAAUCAACUGAUGUUGUUUAUAGAUGUGUUAGAUGCGAGAUCAGCUUAUCAUUUUAUAAGACUGAGACUGUAGAGUACAAUCUUUUAUAUACCAUCACUUGUCAUUUGUAUGGUUAUUAUUUUUACAUUGUUUUUCUCAUCUUCAUCAAAUGUAAUGUUUUUUUCCCAGUGCCUUAUUUUAAACCUAUAUCUGACAAAGUUUUUUUAAAACGAGUGUGUGCUUCUAAACUUUUUGAACCAGUCCAUUGUUACAGUGUGUGUACUGGGGAGGGGCUGGGGGUGUGGUGUGGCGGAGGGAUGGUAUCAAAAGUCAGUAGCAAAGUCUGGUAAGACGGCACAUACAAUGUACUACAUGUAGCUCUAUAUGUGAUGGUAUGGUAACAUCACUGUAGUAUCUUAAAUAAAAUCUAAAACUUCUUACUUGAAAAUCCAGUUAAUGAUUUUAAUUGUCAUAUUGAACUCUCAUUACUGAUUUUGUAGUAUGGUUUUUUUAUAACAAAGGGAGAUAAUAGAUAUUUUAAUGAUGAUGUAUAUAGAGUUUUCUUGUUUAUUUUUAUUCACCUUUUAAGUUACAAUCACAAAUUUAAGUUUUUUUGUCAGUCUGAAAUAUUGAUAACAACAUAUUUUGAAGUCAUGUUAUUUUAUAAUUAUUUUUACUAUUUUAUAUGAGUUUUAAGACAUCCAAAUUUUGAUUUAGGGUAAGAUUUUAUCAUAAAGUAACAUAUACAGUUUAAAGAGGUGCCAUCUAUAUCUCCAGAUCUCUAUGCAAGCAACAAACAUAAUGUGUUUCAUAUGAACACGUCAUUUUAACUAGUGUAACUAAUGAUAUCACUAAGCUUUUUUCUAAAUAAUACAACAUUAUCCAAAUUUGAUUAAAAAUAUAUGUGUACAUAUAUAUGACAUCAUAUGAUAACUAUAUGUAUGAUGUUAUCCCACAGAUUUUGUCAAAUAUUUAGUAUCACAGCAAAUGUGAUGAAACUGGGGAAAGACUUUUUUUUGGAAGUUUAGAAAUGUUAUCAUCAUUGCAAGAGAUAUAUAAAUAAAAUAUUUCAGUGACAAUUUUAGUAGAAUAUAGGCACUUAUAGGAGUGUAGUACAUGUGUACUCUUGAAAAUUUUGAUGAUGUUGUUUGAAACUUGAAACCAUCAUUGUGAACCUUAUACUGCUGUAUUACCUGGGAAUUAGUUACCUCUGUUUUAUAUAAAGAAAUGGUAAGAAAUGAUACAAGGGGAGUCACAAUGAUCUUCCUAGUUAGUUUGGUCUGGAAUUUGUGUAUUGAUUUUUUUUCCUCCAUAUUUUCUCCAAACAAGCUUUAUGUUCUGAAAUAAUUGCUGUUUUAGCAAUGGUUGUAUAUAUACCUUUUUUUUCUGUUUGCAUUUGCUUUACUGUAGUUUUCCCCCUUAUUUUAUAAAUAGAAACAAAUUACAGGAAUUGAAAGCAAUGAAAUCCAUUUUUAUGUCAUAAUGAAAACAGAACUGUAUGCAUAAUGAUAACAAGUUAACAACAUAAAAAUUCUCUUUCAUAAAAUAUAUAUAUUAAAUAUAUUAGUCACUAUCUUCAUUCUUAGAAAAUGAAGAGUUGGUUUGGAGAUUUUUUUCUCAAGUUUUAAGAUUAUGCAAGUCAUAAAAAAACGCUUUUGUGUUGAUUUAUUAUAUUGAUAAUUAAUAUGGGUAAAUUGAAAUAUUCUUUAUUUAUUUUACUGAUAUUUCAUUGGUAGUUCCUAAAGAAAACCCACUCAAGUUGCGAAUUAUUUGUUAUAGAUCUAUUCAUUUAGUUUGUUCUGUAAAAUCAUCUGACACAAAACUUAUUAUUAUUCUUCAGUAUACGUAAAAAAGUAAAAACGCAACAUUGUUUUUAAAUUUAAAAAAGAGAGAAGAAGCGGUGCUAUACCAUUAACAGUUUGUUUGCUUAUUUUUUUAAACUUUAUUUAUAUUUUAUUUUAUAUAAGUGUAUACCAUACUCUUAAACUGAAUCAGUUUGUAAUAAAUUGUACUUAGUAUUCUAGUAAAUAAAAAUCUGUGUAUUAGUGUAUACAUUAUUAUAGUAAAAUUAGUAAUUUGGUGAUACUGCAGAGUUACCAAACACAAAAUGUGUUCUUUCUACCAAAUUUCUAUUCAUUUAGGUGAUCAUGUUAUCUUACCUACUCUUGGACAGAGCUCAAAUGGGUUAACAUGUUUUGUUUGUUUUUCAAAAAAAUCUGGUAUUUUAGUUACUUACCUGUUUGAUUCAGUCUCAAAUUUAAUCUACCUCUAAACUGUGAAAUUUCCAUGCAGAGCUUCUUUGAUUAGACACUACUAAAAGAAACUAUUUAUAAAAAAAAACAAGUAUCAAAAAAAUAACCUAGAAUCAAGAAACAGGUAAUUUGGAUUAUUCAUGACAAUUAUGCUUGCUUUGAUUUUUAUAUCCCUGUCUGAAAUUUUGUAUUAAAAUAAACCAUUGUUAAAAUA